AAACAGUGAUUCACAAACGUCAAGUUUGUGUGGCGGUGAAGUAGUGAAAUUAGGUUAUGUAACGUUAAUAGAAAAGUCACUUUUUUAAUGACAACACCCCAUAAUAAAAUCCUCAUCAAAUGGCAUAGUUAAAAUAAGGAGCCUCAUUUUUUUUGGUGUUUGUAUUUCCUUAAAACAAAUUUUCGCGAUGAAAAUUGCCAUCAUUGGAGCAGGACCUUCUGGAUUAUCGGCUGCCAAAAAUUCCAUCCAAGAAGGUCAUGACGUGGACGUUUACGAACAAACCGAUAGAAUCGGAGGAACUUGGGUUUUUACAAAAGAAGUAGGCCUGGAUAAAUAUGGCCUACCUAUACAUACUUCCAUGUAUGAAGGGCUAAGAACAAAUUUACCAAAGGAGCUGAUGGAAUUUGAAAACUUUUCGUAUCCAGAAAAUAAAACAUCUUUUAUAACACAAGACACGGUUAUAAAAUAUUUAGAUAACUACACCAACCAUUUUCAACUAUCUAAACACAUUAAGUUUAAUCAUCAUGUGAUAAAAGUUGACCCUUUACCAGAUGAUAAAUGGAAUAUAACAUCAAAAAACUUAAUAAAAAAUGAAUUACAACAUAAAAUAUAUGAUGCUAUAAUUGUAUGCACAGGAAAUUUUUACACCCCUUUUGUUCCCAGUAUAAGAGGGCAGAAAAAUUUUAUAGGAACAUCUUUUCAUAGUCAUAACUACAGACAUGCAGACGUCUUUAGAAAUAAAAGGGUUGUUGUAUUAGGAGCUGGCCCUUCUGGUACUGGUAUUUCUGGAUUAUUAAGCGGUGUAGCAAAAGAAGUCUAUAUAAGCUUCAGUGGGUCACUUCUUUGGGCCAUUCCUUCGAGUGUUAUAAAAAAGCCAAGGAUAGCUCUAGUGAAGGAAAAUAGUGUACAAUUUUCUGAUGGAACUGAAGCUAAUGUAGAUGCUAUUUUAUAUUGCACAGGUUAUACAACCACAUUCCCCUUUUUGUCGAAAGAAACCGGAAUAGAAGUUGAUGAUAAUUGGGUAAAACCUUUGUACAAACAUAUCAUUAAUAUCAACCAUCCUACCAUGGCUAUAAUUGGUAUAACAAUUAGGCAGUGUCCAUUCCCUCUAAAUGAGUUUCAGGCAAAAUUUUUUCUCGCAUAUAUCAAAGGCACCUUUCAAAAAACCAAAAAUGAAAUGUGGGAGGAAUAUAAUCAAGAAAUAAUGGAUUUAAAUAUGAGAGGUGUCCAAAAGAAAAACUACCAUUUGCUCGGUGCUCAGCAAGGACUCUACUUGGAUGUACUAGCAGAUACGGCAAACAUAACCCGUAUUAAACCAGUGAUACACAGAUUGUACAUGUUUCAAAAAAGUCUACCCAAGACUGUAUCUUAUAAAAUUAUCAACGAGAAUGAGUUUACCUACGAUGAGAAUUAAAAGAAGCAGCUCGACAGAUCCAAACUCGGUAGGUCCAAAAAGUGCAUGACCUUAAAG